CACAUCUUGUCUGUCACAUUGUCGCAUGUCAUGACCCUGGAUUCUUGGAGGCAGCGUUGAAACUCGACGACAAGCAAAUUGCAGCACAAUUGAACACCAGCCCCAACUCGCAGUUCGUAUUACCCAUCAGCACCAACAAAGUUCAGCCCCUGCAUCGUGGCGUCCAGCCAUACCCGUUUAGCGACGGAGAGGCGGCGAGGCGCUCAGGCACGAGGGCCCAAGUCCAGGCUUGUCUCCCACACAUGGAAGAAUCGAGAUUGAACCAUGCCAUGACUGCCCAGUCAGUGUCCAUGCAUGCAGGCCAGGCCCUGAAACCCCAAUUCUGGCAGGAUGCUCUCCUCCUCCGCUUCUCGCUCCGCAUCUACCAUCCUGGCUAGAUGAUGCUACUAGUCCGCUUGGAGUCCUGCCCUCAUUUCGUCACUCGUGUUUGAAUUUUGCCGGGGGUGGCCUGCCUCAGCUGCUGCCUCUUUUAUCCUCCGUGUGUCUUCACUUUUUACCCUAUAUAUCCGGUGUCUCUUCUCCCUUGCCCGUCCCGCCCCUCCUGUUCCCUUUCAGCCCUGCUCUCCAUCUAUUUAGACUCGUCUGGUCUGGUCUGGUGGUAGAUUGCGAUCGCCAUGGCCAAACCCACGCACGUCUUCGAGACGACAAUAACCAGCGAUGCGGACAAGCGCGUCUUUGGCGUCAGCAAUGCAGCCCUACACAUCGCCACGCUGCAGGCGAAGCCGCGGCUUCUCACCAAGAGUAUGCUAAAGCUCUACUGGUGCAUCGCCGUCGCCAUGCUCAACUCGUGUAUCAACGGCUACGACGGCUCGCUGAUGGGGUCCAUCAACAGCUACAGGCAGUACCGCGAGUACUUUGGUUUUGAUCUGGAGGAGGGAACGCCCACGACGGGGAUCGUCUACGCCAUAUACACGAUUGGAAAUAUCGUCGGCUCGUUCUUCGCGGGGCCGUUUACUGAUUUUCGAGGCCGCCGCAUGGGCAUGGCAAUCGGCGCCCUCUGGAUCAUCAUUGGAACCCUCGUGCAAGCAACAUGCCACAACCUCGGCGGGUUCAUGGCCGGCCGAUUCCUGCUGGGUUUCGGCGUCGCGACCUGUGCGACCGCCGGGCCGGCGUACGUCUCCGAGAUGGCGCACCCGGCGUACCGCGGGGUGAUGACGGGGUUGUACAAUGUGAUGUGGUUCGGUGGAGGCAUCCCGGGCACGUUUAUCCCUUGGCGCACGAGCAUGAUUGAGGGGACGCAAUCGUGGCGCAUUCCCGUGUGGCUGCAGAUGGUUUUUUCGGGGUUGGUGCUGCUGUUGUGUUUUACUAUUCCGGAGAGUCCCCGCUGGCUCAUCUCCUGCGACAGACACGCAGAAGCAAUCCGCGUGCUGGCCGAGUACCACGGCGAAGGCGACCGGAACUCGCCCCUCGUACAGCUCGAGUACCGCGAGAUGCUCGAGGAUAUAUCGAACGUCGGCGCCGACAAGCGCUGGUGGGACUAUCGCGAACUCUUCAACAGUCGCGAGACGCGGUAUCGGUCUAUGCUUGUCCUUUUCAUGGCCUUCUUCGGCCAAUGGUCCGGCAACGGCCCGGUCUCCUACUACUACCCGCAAAUGCUCUCCGGCGCCGGAAUCUCCUCGAACAACACCCAACUCCUGCUCCAGGGCGUGCAAAACAUCGUGCAAUUCAUCGGCGCCGUCUUUGGCGCCCUGAUAACCGACCGGGUCGGGCGGCGCCCACAACUCCUCACCUCGACGUCGAUCAUCGUCUUCCUCUUCGUCAUCAUCACGGCGCUCAACGCGACGAAUGUCACCGUUGAUGAAGCAGGCGGCGGCGGCGUUGUUGCCAAGAGCGGCGUCACGGCGCGUGCACAGAUUGCGAUGAUUUUCAUUUUUGGGUUUGUGUAUUCGGCCGGGUGGACGCCGAAUCAGGCCAUGUAUCCUGUGGAGUGUUUGCGGUAUGAGAGCCGCGCAAAGGGGAUGGCGAUGAAUAAUUUCUUCAUCAACAUCGCCUCCUUCUACAACACCUUUGUCACUGGAAUCGCCUUCACGCGCGUCGGCUGGAAGUACUACUUCCUCUUCAUCUUCUGGUGCACGUUCGAGGUCGCCGUCAUCUACUUCCUCUUUGUGGAAACGAGCAAGCGCACCCUCGAGGAGUUGACCGUCAUCUUCCAGCAGAAGCGGCCCGUCCAGGCCAGUCUGGAUAAGGAGGAGAUUUUCAUCUCGGGCGAUGAUAUUGUGGAGAUUAGGAGUUGGUAGCCUUGACCUGGGUACGAGGGCUUGCGCUCUUUUGGGAUUUUUCUUUUGUGACUUUGGGUAGAUAUAGGGCUGCGGGGAUUUGGUGGGAUAUUGUCCGUUGGAGAUAAAAGAUUUUCUCUCGUUUGUUAUAUCUAUAAUGGCAGGCAAGCUGGAAGGUGGUAGAAUCCCUCCCUGGCUGGGUGUGGAGCUCUAUACAGUAUACUCUGUACCCUGCCCACUGCAGGGCCCCCGGUCUCCUUGAUUUGGAUGUCCAGAUGGAUAUGCUGUGCAUCAGUAGAGGAUAGAUGCCUUUAUACAAUCCUGCAAAGCUGCCAAUUCUGACAUGAGACGUAUUAGGGAAUAAAAUAGAACAGGGGCUAUCUCGCCCGGCCAUCGCUAUAACCAAC